UAAGAAUGAUUGGAAAAUUUGGAAGGAAUUAAAACGAGGAUCAAGGGGCUUGGGUUGGGAUCCGCUGAAGCGAACCAUUGAUGCUUCGAAGGAGUGGUGGACAGAGAGACUUGCGGCUGUUCCCGCAACGACGAAAUACAAACUUUGUGGACUUGAACCCGAGUUGGAGGACAAGUUAGAUCGAAUGUUUGGGGGUGUUAUUGCAAUAGGCAAAUAUGCAUGCACUCCAAGUGAGACAGAGUUUUGUGUUGCCCCUGAGAAUGUGGACGUCAACCUAUCAUGUGAUUCAACCGAUCUCCAAAGCCUGGAACUCCCUGAAAUCCAGUCCACCAGCCGUUUUAAGCGUCCUCGUGUGGAAGGUAGAAAAAAGAGUGGAGCUGCUUUUAUCAAAAACCAGAUAUCACAUCUGGUAGAUACUUCCAACGAUGCACCACGUAUAGUUCAGGGAAAUUCCAUUAAGCAAGUCGUGAAAAUUAUGGAUGAAGAUGAGGAAAUUUCAGAGAAAUUUGAGCUAUAUUUUUUUGCAGUAGAGCUUCUUCAAGAUUCAGUCCAAAGAGAUUUUUUCACAGCGAUUCCCAAAAAAAACGGGUGGCAUUUCUACGACAUUUUCAUGCUCACAGGCAUACUUGAGGAAAUUUUUUGUCUUAUAUUUUAUUGACUGAGAAACUGUUUUA